UUUCCAUUUUUAAAUAUAUUCGUUUUGUAUUUAUACGUCCAGUUUUGGCCAGAUUUCCGGUGCUCAGAACGGUUGAUUCCUCGACGCAGAUCCAAUUUCACGUAUUUCAGGUCUAUAGGAAGUGAAUGCUUUCCAGGCGGUGGUUUUUGAAUCGGGAGUAGAGAUGUCCGGGAUAUGGAGAUGGAGGAAGCUGAGAGACGCGGCGGUUAUAACGGCCUGUAGAAGGCGGAGGACGGCGGCGACGUGGAAUGAGGAUUGGCGGAGGCGGACGAGGGCGUUCGUGAACUGCCUGCACGUUCGGCGUCGAGAAUCGGUAAUCGGAGUUCAGGCGAGGUAUAAGUGGGACCGAAGCGGUUCCUCCGAUGAGACUAGGAGGAUUAGGGCGGAGGUGAACUGUCCGCGUUGCUCCAAGCACAUGGAUCUCAUCUUCACCAACCGCCAUCCCCACCUUAUUCCGGCGUCUCCUUCCGAUUCGAAUUCCGCUUGUGAUAGUAAUAACGGAAAAAACGCUAGCGUUUUAGCUAGCUCCGUCGCCGUCGACAAUGAUGGCGGUAACGGUAACGGUAACAGUAACGCUAGUAGUACUAAUGCUAAUUCGAAACCCGGCGGACCUUAUCACGCCGUGAAUAUCUGCCCCAAUUGUAAGACCGGCUACUAUUUCCGGCCGUACAAGAUGGCGCCUCUCCAGGGACGUUUCUUCGAGAUUGGGAGGGUAAAAACUAAUGUCACCGGGAAAAAUUCCGAUAAGAAGAUGUCCGAAGAGGAGGAGUAUGGGAAGCGCCUGAAGUCGUCUUUCUGGGAGACUCUGCAGAUAUACGGCAGUGAGCCUCCUGAGAAUUGGCCUCCAUCCUCUCCACUGCCUUCUAGCAAUGGCAUAGCUGUACAUACCCCGCCCGGCCCGCCUUUUCUCCCCGGUGUCAAUGCCAUUCGGGCGGCUGCUCCCACCGGGGAGAAGAGCUCUUGGGGUGGAUCUAAUUUGGGGAAGAAUUUACCUACGCCAAAGGAGAUCUGCAAGGGACUUGAUAAGUUUGUCAUUGGCCAAGAGCGUGCCAAGAAGGUGCUUUCUGUGGCUGCUCAUAACCACUACAAAAGGAUAUACCAUGUCUCCCAGCAAAAAGGGUCAGAAGCAGAGUCAGUUAAAGAAGAUAAUGACAGCAAUGUAGAAUUGGAAAAAAGCAAUGUGCUUCUGUUGGGGCCAACUGGUUCAGGGAAGACAUUACUUGCCAAAACUCUAGCUCGUUUUGUGAAUGUGCCAUUUGUUAUUGUCGAUGCAACUACUUUAACACAGGCCGGUUAUGUUGGUGAGGAUGUUGAGUCAAUACUGUAUAAACUGCUUACGGUUGCUGAAUUCAAUGUACAAGCAGCUCAACAAGGGAUGGUCUACAUUGAUGAAGUAGAUAAGAUUAUUAAGAAGGCUGAGAGCGUAAAUAUUAGCAGAGAUGUCUCUGGUGAAGGAGUUCAACAGGCCCUACUAAAAAUGCUUGAAGGAACUAUUGUAAGUGUUCCUGAAAAAGGUGCAAGGAAGCAUCCUCGUGGUGAUAAUAUUCAGAUAGAUACAAAAGACAUACUUUUCAUCUGUGGUGGAGCAUUCAUUGAUCUGGAAAAGACCAUUUCUGAGAGACGGCAGGAUUCUUCCAUUGGUUUUGGUGCGCGAGUACGUGCCAACAUGAGAACUGGUCGAGUAACCGAUGCUGUUGUGACAUCAUCUUUACUAGAAUCUGUUGAGAGCAGUGAUCUGAUUGCAUAUGGCCUUAUUCCAGAGUUUAUCGGGCGCUUCCCUAUUUUAGUUAGUUUGUCAGCACUUACUGAGAACCAACUUGUUCAGGUCCUCAUAGAACCCAAAAAUGCUCUUUGUAAACAGUACAAGAAAUUGUUUAACAUGAACAAAGUGAAGCUACAUUUUACAGACGAGGCAUUAAGGUCGAUUGCAAAGAAAGCGUUUGCUAAAAACACCGGUGCAAGAGGUUUAAGAGCCAUACUGGAGAGCAUAUUAACUGAUGCUAUGUAUGAGAUUCCUGAAGUUAAGGCAGGGAACGAGAAAGUAGACGCCGUUGUGGUUGAUGAAGAGUCGGUGGGUAGCGCAAGCGUCCCUGGAUGUGGUGGUAAAUUACUCUUUGGAAAUGGUACUUUGGAGCGAUACCUUGCUCGGAAUCCGUCUAAAGAUCAAAAGGAGGAAAUUGCUGACUCGGAACUGCAAGAUGGUGUUUCAGAAGUUUCAUCAAGAGCAAUGAGCAUAUAACAUUAACAGAAUCACAUUUUGUAAUUUGUAGUAGUAUUUCUGUCUAUAUAAAUUGUUGUAAAUUUUGCAUCCAUAUAUACUAGUAGUUGUAUUGAUCCAAUUGUAACACAAUAUAGCAUGUAGCCAUUUACCAGAAAGGUCACAGAAGAUAGGGAAUGACGGGGAUCAAUAGAAGGAAAGGAUAAUGUACCAUUUCUAGUUUUCAAUUUUCAUUCAACAUCUGUAAACAUUCUUUGGCAAGGGUAUUUUUGUCACAUGAA